GAGAAAGCAACAUGAGUCGCUCUCGAUUCGCGUCGUCCUUUGCCUCCUGUGCCAUUACAAUGUUAUCAUGUUUGAGAAAUAAAACUACUGUAAUUCUUAUCAUAAAUAAAUAAAUUACAUUUAAAGGAUAUAUACAAUACAUAUGUACAAUGUCUUUCAAUCGAGGAAUAAAACGUGAUUCCUUUGGGAAUAGAAACUUUAAUAAUCGAGGAGGUGGUGGUGGAGGUGGCGGAGGAAGGGUUGGAAAUAUGGGAGGAAGUGGUGGAGGUAUGGGUGGCAACAUGAGUGGUGGAAUGGGAGGAGGUGGAGGAGGUGGUGGAGGCGGAGGUAGCGGUGGAAGUGGUGGGAUGAAUCCUUGGGAAGGAGGAAUGAUGCCCGGCAGAGGAAUUUUACCAACGCCUAAUAAUAAUUUAUCUUUAGCAUCGCCACAAGCACAACUAGCAAUAGCUAGCAAUCUCCUUUCAAACUUACUUCGCAGUCAGCAAGAAGUACAACCACAGCAGGUACCAUCACUUCUCAGCCUUGGAAAUAACUUUAGCGGACCAGGACCUAACUUUCCAAAUCAGCAGAACUUUUCUUCUGGGCGUUUUAAUGAUCGUCCUGUUAGGCAUCCUAUGAAGAAUCAACGACCACAACCAUAUAACAAGAUGGGCAAUCGCGCCCGUGAUGGCCCUGCUGGGCGACGUGGUCCAUCUGCACAACAAUCUCGUGCACCCCAGUCUGGCAAUCAGCGUAUGAAUGGAAACCAAACUCAACAUCACAACGAUAAAUCUUCUAAACCAAUUCCUGCCUCUAAACAAAAUCAGACUGCCAAAAAGGAACAGCAGGACGUUAAGACCUCUGAUAAUGAAAAAACAGAAGCACCUGCUGUAACAAGUGGAGUGAAUGAAGAAUCUGAUGACAAGAAAGCAGAUCGGAAGGACAUUAAAAACGAAUCCGAAGAUGUUCAAAUUGUAGAGACUGAAGAAACAGAAGAAAAGCUUCAAGAUGAUGAAGAACAAAAGCCAGACAAAUCUGCAACGGAAGAAACACCACCGAAGGAAGCAAACACAUCUACAACGGAGAAGGAUUCAAAAUUGACAGGCAAAAAGUCAGAAGCAAGACACGCUGAAAGUCGUUAUGCAGAGGUUCCAAUGAGUCAUAUGUUCUGUCACAUAUGUAACAAACAUAUGUGGGAUGGAUAUUCUUUCGAAAAUCACUUACGCGGGCGAGCACAUCAGUUGAUGAUGGAAAAGUUAGAUGAAUCAUAUAAAUUAAAGGUUGACCUCAUGCGGCACGAAUUAAGAGUAGCAGAAGAACAACGUGAACUUAGUCUGACUAAUUCGAAACGUCGUGGUAAGAAAGUAUCUGUAGAUUUGAAUGUACGUGAAUAUUGCACAAUGUGUGACUUGAAUUUCUAUGGAACAUUAUCCAUGCACAGAAAGAGUGAGAAACAUCAACAGCUAAAAACAUUUUUGCAUCCAAGAUGUUUCCCAUGUUUGAAAGAAUUUCCAUCGCGUAUUGAAUAUGACGAACAUUGUUUAACUCCCGGACACAUGAAGAAAGCUGUGCAGUGUGAAGAACAACGAAAAAAUAAAAAGAAAGAAAAACUUGCAAAAGGAGAAUCUGAAGUGCGUACUGCAGAAGAUGAAGAAAAAGACGUUGGUUCUGAGAAUAAAAAUGAAAAGGAGGAAGAUACUACAGAAGAACAGGAAUAUAUUACGGAUAUUGUUGAGAAUUUGAGUGACAAGAAAUUCAAAAUUCCAUCUUAUAAAUAUUGUCGACAAAAUCAAGUAUCCAUUGGAAAAUCUAUGGUGAAAGAAGUUGAAGGAUUUUAUUGUGAAAAAUGUAGAAGAUUCAUGCUGUUAGCUGAAGAUAUGAAUGCUCAUUUACGUAGUAUUACUCAUUAUCGAAAUUUCGUACAAGAAGUAAAGGCUUUAAGUACGAGUACGGAAACUACAGAACAAAGAUCAAUAGAAAAACUUGAGACUAACGAAGACGCUCAAGAAAAUGACGAGGAAUAUGACGGGAACUGGAAACGUCGUAAAAUAGCUUACUCUAAAGACGAGAAUAACGUAGAAAUGAAAGAAAUACAAGAAAACAAUGUUGAAAAUGCAAAUGCUCAAAAGAAAACUGACGGAGAUGAAAAGUAUGAUCCGCUUGAAGCUGAUGCAGAAUCUGAGGAAGAAGAAACUCGUGAAGCGGAAAAGAGCGGAAAACAGCCUUCGCAAAAUACUGUUAAUACUCCAGAAAAGAAGACACCAGUUGAUAAAAUAUGGGCCGAUAUCGAUAAUGAUAAUGAGGUGGAAAUAGGUAAUUUAAUUGAUAAUGAAGAUGAAAAAGAGCAGGUUGAUCAUGAAAAAUCUAUUCAGAAGUUAGACAGAGAUCUAAAUCCGCAAGUGAAGCUAACACGUGGUCGAGGUUUCCCCCGUGGACGCGGUAGUCCUCGAGCACGAAGGGCUCGACGAUAAAGUGAUCUCCGUCGUAAAUUAGAGUAAGGUUGAGUAUAACUCAUAAUUAUGUCCCUUAAUAUAUCUACUGUUAGGUUUCAUUUAUUUACUCGAUAUAUUCAAGACGUCAAUGUUUAAAUAAUUUAGUUCAUUACAUCUUUUGACAGAAUGAAAAAAAUUAUUAUAAUCAAAUGUCUAUAAUUAUCGUUUUACAUGUAUAAAUUGUAUCUUUUUAUAUGUAUGAAUAUAUAUAUUAUAUACUAUAUAUAUUCAUAAUAUAUCAAUAUAAAUAUUGAUUUGUCCAAGCUUAAUUACACAUUAUCACUUACAGAGAACUGUACUAUGUACGAUUGUUGAAGAAAAUAAUGCAUUUUCGAAGUAAGGAGGUGAAAUAAAUAGAUAUGCUUUUGCGUAUUGAUAUUGAUUAUCUUGUAACUACUCUGUAUUAAGAAAUACUAUUAAUCUUCAACUAAUUAAUACAUGUUUAUCAUUUUUAAGUAACAAUUAUAAUAUCACUCUAUUAUAAAAAAUUCAUUCCUGCGUAUAUGCUAAUAAAAAAUCCAAAAAUACCUUGCAAUAAAUUUAAGAUGUUGAUAAAAAUUUUAUCCGAUUUACGUUUAACUGUAGUAAAUCAAAGUUUACAUUGAUAAAUAAGAGAAAUAAUCGUACUUUCAUUUGCUUUAUCAUAAUAUAGUAGGACUUUUACUAUAGGAUUAUAUCUUUUGUGACAUAUAAGACGUUGUAAAGAAGAAUUAAUAUAAAAGAUGCAUGCUGUUUGACAAUUCCUCUAUGGAAUACCGAAAUUUCUAAUUCUCACACAAUACACACACAUCUUAUCUUUGUAGCCCCUAUAAAGUAAUUUAAUUUGUAAUAAAAUUUGCGUCCAUGAAAGGGAUGGAUGGCUUUAAUAGCCAUAUAAUACUUUAAUAACAAGUUAUAUAUAACUUUCAUAAUUUCUUUAUAUUAAUCAUGUUUAUUUAUGUAAGUAUCAUGCAAAAUCUAUAUCUAUACUAGAACAUAAUAAAAACCUAACAUUAUUCUCAAACCAUCUAAAUAACUUUUCAUUCCAACAUUGGAUUCUUCUGUAUUAGUGUGUAGAAAAUAUAAAACAAUAAAUGGUCUAAAAAAUAA